CGCUUUAAAAUCGCUCAGCCACGUAAGUCGGGGUCGAAUUUUACUUCCCAGAUUUAUUUUUCGUAGUAAAUUUUAAUUUGUGUGUAACAUGUGAUAAUGGUUUUAUAAUAUACAACUGUGUGAAAACUAUUAAUGCUAACCUUAAAGCCCGCAAUCGAAUGACAAAUCAUGUCGCAAGCACCAAACCCCUACAACAAUGCCCCAGGCCAACAAGCACCGAACCCGGGAAUAUUCCAGCAAUAUAGUCAAGUUCCAGCAAACAACCUAGCGGGAACUACGAAACAAGAUGGAAAUUCCAAUAGCACUGUACCAGGGAUACCACCAACAAACCAUUACACACAGAGUGCAAACAGUUCGCCCGCAUUCAACAAUCCAGGGAUGUUUCCGCCGCCAACGAGCUUACAAUCCUCCCCUAUGAGACCAAUUAAGCCUGUAGCUAACCCAAGCCAAGUUCCAACGCAGAACAUUCCUCCGAAUGUGAGUAGCCAAGCAAAUAUGCCCCCAGCCCCCUCAUAUUAUCCUCCGAACAUUCAACAGGGACAAAUAAAUAAUAAUGCACCACCUCUCGUUCCUUCUAGUCAGUUCCAACCUUUCGUUAAUGGUCCUCUGGGACCACCUUCUCAAAAACCUCCCAGUCAAUAUCCUCCAUCAUCGGCUACUUUUAGCCCAACACCUGUGAGUCAACAACCACCUGGACCUCUAGGGCCACCUUUUCAAAGACCACCCAGCCAAUUCCCCCCAUCAUCUACCUCUUUCAGUCCCACACCUGUAAGUCAACAACCACCUGGACCAUUCGGGCCACCUUCUCAAAGACCACCCAGUCAGUACCCCCCUUCAUCGACAUCUUUUAACCUGAAACCUGUAAGUCAACAACCAUCAGGGCCCGUUGGGCCACCUUCUCAAAGACCACCCAACCAAUUCCCCCCAUCAUCAAACUCUUUCAGUCCUACACCCGUAAGUCAACAACCGCUGGGGCCAGGCUCUUAUAUGCCUGGAAUGCCACCUUCUAUGGGAGCUCAAAGACCACCCACAUCUGUGCCUUCUACAAGCCAGCCGAACGUCCCUUUCAGUGGUCCUCUUAUGCCUGGGUCCAGAAAUAGUCCUAUGAUGAGUGGAGUAGCUCCAUCUGGCCCCAGGAAUAGCCCCUCAAUGGGUCCACCUACUAGCAUAAUUCCGAGUGGAUCUCAAGGCCCAGGAGUACCUUCCGUGGGGCCACCGAAAACAAAUUUAAAUGGCCCAUCUAUUCCUCCCCCACAAAUGGGUCCACCUAGAGGGAUACCAAGCGGACCAUCCUCCUUACCUCCAAUGCCAGGAUUCAACCAUCACAAUGGUCCCAUGAGCCAGCCUACAGCACCAGGAUACCAACAGGGGCCGCCAAAUGCCAACAGUGGUCCACCGAGUAUGCCCGGCAUGAGUGGACCAAGUAUGCCUAUCCCUCCCAUGCCACAGCCGAUGCCUGGGGGACAGGGCGCAAUGAACGGACCACCGAAGACCAACUUUCAGAACAGAUAUCCUCCAAUGCCUCCAAGCAAUUUAACACCGCAGCAGCAAGCUCAGAUACAGCAGAAUAUAGCUAAGCAGUUUCCCCAAUCUCAUACUUAUGGCGUUAGUGGUGUUACACAGCAGAUGAACCAGUUGAGUGUCACUAAACAAGGCUUCGACCAGCUUUGGGGACACCAGAUGGUGGACCUCAUGCAGUGUAAGCACAUCCUACCGGAGUACCCCGAGGAUCCUCCAGAGAUUAAACUUGGACAUCAAUUUGCCGAGGCACCCAACUGUAGCCCUGAAAUCUUCAGAUGUACAGUGAAUCGUAUACCAGAGACAAAUAAUUUGCUACAAAAGUCCAGGCUACCUCUUGGUAUCCUGAUACAUCCUUUUAAGGAUCUCAAUCACCUACCAGUGAUACAAUGCACGACGAUAGUGCGAUGCCGCGCGUGCCGCACCUACAUCAACCCCUUCGUUUACUUCGUGGACGCCAAGCGUUGGAAGUGCAACCUGUGCUAUCGGGUCAACGACUUGCCCGAGGAGUUCCAAUACGACCCCGUGAGCAAGUCGUACGGCGACCCGUCCAGACGGCCGGAGAUCAAGUCGGCGACCAUCGAGUUCAUAGCGCCCAGCGAGUACAUGCUGCGGCCGCCCCAGCCCGCCGUCUACCUGUUCCUGCUGGACGUGUCCCAGGUGGCGCGGGACUCGGGAUACUUGCAGAUAGCAUGCGACACCAUCAAGGAGAAUCUAGAUCAGAUGCCGGGAGACGCGCGUAUGCAGAUCGGCUUCAUCUGCUACGACGCGCAUAUCCACUACUACCUGAUGAGCGACGGCCGCUCCAGGCCACAGGAGAUGACAGUCCUAGAUAUUGAUGACAUAUUCCUCCCGUCGCCGGAGUCUCUACUGGUGAACCUGGGCGAGAACCGCGACAUGGUGACGGAGCUGCUGACGAUCCUGCCCAAGCGGUUCGCGAACCCCGGCGCCCCGGCCUCCGCGCUCGGGGCGGCGCUGCAGGCCGCGCACAAGCUCAUGGCGCCAACCGGUGGAAGAAUAACAGUUUUCCAAACGUGUCUACCGAAUAUUGGACCAGGCGCGUUACAAUCAAGAGAGGACCCCAACGCGCGGUCGGGCAAGGAGGUGGCUCACCUCAACCCAGCGACGGACUUCUACAAGCGGCUGGCGCUCGACAGCAGCGGCGCUCAGGUCGCCAUAGAUCUGUUCCUGCUUAGCGCUCACUACUGCGACCUGGCUACGCUCAGUGGCAUGUCGAAGUUCUCCGGCGGCAGCGUGCACCACAUCCCGCUGUUCCGCGGCGCGCGCGCGUGGCAGGCGGCGCAGCUGCGGCGCAUGUUGGCGCGAUACCUCACGCGCAAGAUCGGCUUCGAGGCGGUCAUGCGGGUUCGGUGUACCAGAGGCAUAUCAAUCCACACGUUCCACGGCAACUUCUUCGUGCGUUCCACCGACCUGCUGUCGCUGCCAAACGUGUCUCCUGACGCCGGGUUCGGCAUGCAACUGACUAUAGAGGAGUCGUUAGCUGACCUCCAACAGGUGUGCUUCCAAGCCGCCUUGCUGUAUACCAGCAGUAGAGGGGAGAGACGGAUACGUGUCCACACGCUAGCCCUGCCGAUCGCCAACACGCUGCCCGACGUGUUACACGCGGCCGACCAACAGGCCAUGAUUGGACUUCUGGCUAAGAUGGCGGUCGACCGUUGCGCGAGCGCAUCGAUGUCGGAGGCGCGCGAGGCGCUGACCAACGUGGCAGUGGACGUGUUGUGCGCGCAACGCCUGGCGCAGAACCUCCCCGCUGGCGCACUCAGCCCGUCGCUCCAGGCGCCCAUGUCGCUGCGCCUGCUGCCGCUGUAUAUACUGGCGCUGCUCAAGCGGAAAGCGUUCCGCACGGGCACAUCGACGCGGCUGGACGAGCGCGUCGGCGACAUGCUGCUGAUGAAGUCGGCGCCGCUGGGCCAGCUGCUGCGCGCGGUGUACCCCGAUCUCUACGCGCUGCACACGCUGGCGCAGUACGCCGAGGCGCGCGAGCCCGACCCGCCGCGCCUGCAUCUCACCGCUGAGAGGAUAAACUCAAACGGCGCAUACCUGCUAGACGACGGGGAGACGAUGAUGAUAUACAUCUGUCACGGCGUAUCACCGGCGUGGCUGUCGGACACAUUCGGCGUGGCGGCGUACACCCAGAUACAGGACGACGCCCGCGAGUUGCCCCUCAUAGAGAGUGAAGGCAAUGAAUUACUGCACGCGUUCAUAGAGAAGCUAAACGAGGACCGACCUUACCCGGCCAAUAUUGUUGUGUUGAGGGAUAACUCACCAUCAAAAACCAUGUUCACCGAGAGAUUAGUGGACGACAGAGUGGAAUCCGCCUUCUCCUAUUAUGAGUUCUUGCAGCACAUCAAGAACCAAGUGAAAUGAGUGAAAGACUUGCAGUGAAAGUGUUAGACUAUGUGAAAGAGUAAAGUGAAACGCCAAAGUAUCAUAGAUACUGACACUGCCCUAACGCUAGCAUGUUUCGAGGUAAGAUAUCAUUAGGCUGUACAGAGUUAUACAGGUUUUAUCAGGGUUAAACGGGAAACAUGGUAAGUCCUGAUAAUAUACGUUAGCACAGGGGUUCCCAAUCUUUUUCAGCCUGCGGCGCACUUACAAGUCUCAAU